CGUCCAUACUCCAUUCAACACUUGGAACUCCAUUUCCCUCUCUCUCUCUCUAGAAUUGGAUUACUCCUAUUAAUAGCUGAGAGAAACAAUAGAGACUCCUAUCAUCAAUUCAUUCAUUGACGCAGCGCAGGCAAGGCAUGGCCUUUGAGCAGCAGGACCACCACCACCCCUCCCAAGAAAUGCCCCUCCACUACUCCGACCACCACCACCCAUCCUCCACCUCCACCUGGCUCAACCACCACCACUGGCCCAGCCCCACCGCCACCAGCGAUCACAGCGGAGACAAGAGCAACUCCAACUCCAACUGGGAGAGGGACAAGUGCAAGGCCGACAUCCUCUCCCACCCCCUCUACGAUCAGCUUCUCUCGGCGCACGUCUCCUGCCUCCGGAUUGCCACUCCCGUCGACCAGCUCCCCAGAAUCGACGCCCAGCUCGCCCUCUCCCAGCAGGUCCUCGCCAAAUACUCCGUCCUCGGCCACUCCCACCACCCUCUCGACGACAAAGACCUCGACAAUUUCAUGACACAUUAUGUUCUAUUGCUAUCCUCCUUUAAAGAACAACUGCAGCAACAUGUCCGAGUUCAUGCCAUGGAAGCAGUCAUGGCAUGUUGGGAGCUUGAGCAAUCUCUGCAAAGCUUGACAGGUGUAGCACCGGGAGAAGGUUCAGGAGCCACCAUGUCUGAUGAUGAUGAGGACCAGGCCGAUAGUGAGACUAACUUAUUCGAUGAAAGCCUUGAUGGAGGAGACAACAUGGGAUUUGGUCCCCUGGUACCAAGUGAAACCGAGAGAUCCUUGAUGGAGCGUGUGAGGCAAGAGUUAAAGCACGAGCUCAAACAGGAUUAUAAGGAGAAGAUUGUGGAUAUCAGAGAAGAAAUACUACGAAAAAGAAGAGCAGGAAAACUGCCUGGUGAUACCACGUCAGUAUUGAAAGCCUGGUGGCAGUCACAUUCUAAAUGGCCGUAUCCUACAGAGGAAGAUAAGGCAAGGCUGGUGCAGGAAACUGGUUUGCAACUAAAGCAGAUAAACAACUGGUUCAUCAAUCAACGGAAAAGGAAUUGGCACAGCAAUCCCUCUUCUUCAUCUACUCCAAAAAGCAAGCGAAAGAGUGGCACAGGUGCUAAAACUACUAAUGAGCGAUUCUCGUGAAGAAGCAACAGACAGAUAUAUUCUUGGUCUUGUUGAUCAGAAGCCCCCCCCCCCCCCAACAUCAAUAGCUAUGCGCAGUGAAGAACGGGAGAGGGGAACUACUGCUGUAGCUGUAUCGUGGUAUUUUUUGGCAUCAGACGAGAGGCCGAAUCCCAUAAUGGAUUAUAUAUUGCUUGAAACCAAUAUGAAUUAUAGGCUUGUAUAUCAUCUGUGGUGUUAAAUACCUAGUCUAUACGAGUAGAAUCCUUGCAAAAGUUUUGUCUUAAACUUUGUUUUGUAUGAUUUCCCACGACUCAGUCAUUCUCUCUGUUUUUGUUUAUAAAAUGUUGUGGUGCUUAUUAGUUAUUA